UAAAAGUAGAUAAUAUUUCCGAGAAAGUGCCGUUUUCGGGGGAAUAAUAAUUGUUAAAUACAUGAAGACAUAUUGUGUGGGGUAAAAUUUUAACUUCUGAGGUGUGAGCUGUUUGGAUGAUGUUUUUUUGUGGAUUGUGCCCGUUGAGCAGUGAUCAGCGCGAACAGUUAGCCACAUUCAACGGCUAGCAGGCAGCAUCUCAGACCUUAUUAUCCCCGAACUACUUCACACGACGGGGCCCAAAGGAUUGUCGUCCGUUUGAUAUUUUUUAGGUAAAUUUGCAAUUGCACGGGUGAAAACCAUGGGUGGAAUCAAACAGGAGCAGAGUGACGCUUCCCAGCAGCCCAAAGCUUCACACUCAGCAGAUCAGCCACAGGAGGAGCCAAAGAAGAGAGGCUGGCCCAAAGGAAAGAAAAGGAAGAAGGUGCUACCAAAUGGCCCCAAGGCACCAGUAACGGGAUAUGUCCGUUUUCUUAAUGAACGCCGAGAACACAUGCGUGCUCGAUACCCCGACUUACCAUUCCCAGAAAUCACCAAGAGGCUUGGAGCAGAGUGGACCCGGUUAAACCAGGGUGAGAAACAGCGUUAUCUUGAUGAAGCAGAAAGGGAGAAGAUGCAGUACGCUCAGGAGCUAAAGGAAUACCAGCAGACUGAGGCCUAUAAUAUUACCAGUGCCAAGCUUCAAGACAAAAGAAUAAAGAAGGAAGACCCCUCUUCGGUCCUCACUGGCACUAGUUCAGGAUCUUCUUUGCCAAAGGCUUCAGACCUUUCAAGGUUUGACAUCCCUAUCUUCACUGAAGAGUUCCUUGAUCAGAACAAAGCUCGAGAGGCUGAGUUACGUCGGCUUCGUAAGGCCAACAUUGAGUUUGAGGAGCAGAAUGCAGUGCUGCAGCGACACAUUAAGGACAUGUACAACGCUAAAGAGCGCCUGGAAGCUGAACUGGGCCAAGACGAGAAACGUACCCAGGCUCUUCAGCAGCACUUGCUAUCCAUUAAAAACACGCUGGUCAGCAGCCUCUCGUCAGUACCCCUACCAGGCACAGGUGAGACUGCGUCUCUUGGGAACCUGGAUUCAUACCUGACUCGUCUCAGUGGAGUGCUUGAGGGGAAUCCCCACAAGCAUCGUGCUCUGCUCACACAGCUAUGUGAUGUCCUCUCUCACCUAGACAGUGAAAAGUUAUGAUGAGACUCCUACUGGAGACCGUUUUAUUCCUGCAUCAGAGGAACACGUGACUGGCCCAGUGAUGUCAGUUCAGUCUGUGUCAUUCAACAGGAGCACGUGAAUGUCUCAUGGAUAGUUAAUACAAGGGUACAAACGCUUCAUAAAAAAACAGCCUAUUUCUAUAGCACCUCUUUAUUAAUAAGUAUCUUCACAACGGAGAUAUGUGUGUCAUGUGUUCUGUUUAUUUUUGUGAAUGUAAAUCUGUGUGAUGGUGUUGAGGGCUUUUCUGUUCAGGAAAUUCACUGAGUGUAACGUAAUUUUACCUUUUGAACGACCAUAAUUAAAUUACCAUCAGCCCAACUCUGGAUUUACCUGCAGGCCUCUGUCCAAUAAGACAAGCCUAACUAUCUGUUUACAGUAAAUGCCAUUUGACAUAAGGCAAGUGAGUAAUGUCAAUGUAGUGUUAUUUAAAAUGCUCGAAAUAACUGGAAGGGGUGCAUGUAAAAUGUUGCAAUAGACUGUUAAGAGCAGACCGUGGAAUGGACGAGCAGCUUCACAUGUAUUCAGAAUAUUAUAUAUUUGUAUUUUUUUAUGUUCAAUAAAUCAUGCUGAAAAUGCA